AUGCCAGUAUUCUCCAGCCCAGUGAUUUCUACAACAGCGAACACCAUCAGCGGAAAUGCGAGUAGUUUGCCAGACAAAUGCAUGUGCGUUGAUGGUGUUUGUCUUGAUCCAUCUCACAAGCAUCAAGAGGAACAACAAAGAAAUUGUCAAGAAAAAUUGACACAGCAACAAUUGGCGCAAAAGAGGAAGCGUCGCCUUUCUCUUACAACCGAGAUUUCCUCAGUGAGGUUGAUGCCUACCACAACCUGCUCACUUUAUUCGGGUUCGAAGUUUAUAGGGAAACAAACAAGUGGUAAUCACAGUUAUGAGGUCACUGUUCAUAUCCAGCAUGUCGAUCUUUCAGAGUCAUUCUUGUGCGGAUAUCUCCAUAUAAAGGGCUUAACGGAAGACUAUCCAGAUUUGACCACUUUCUUCGAAGCCGAAAUUAUUGGUCGCAAAUAUUCUUUUCUGACCAAAAAAUGGGAUGCUAAUGAUGAAGUCGAUAAAGAUCAUUGGACAAAGUUUCCUGCAUUCAGACCGCUCUAUAAAAACAUAAAAAAGGAUGGAUUUGUUUACGAUUUCCACAACAAGGAUUUCAUUUUCAUGAGAUGGAAAGAACAUUUUUUAGUACCUGAUCAUCGUGUCAAGACCAUCAAUGGAGCUUCGUUUGCGGGAUUCUAUUAUAUUUGUUAUCAACUGAGUACGGGAAUUAUCACAGGGUUUUAUUACCAUCAUAGUUCAGAAAAGUUUCAAGAAUUACAGUUGCAUCAUUGCGCAGACAGAUCUUUUUCAUCUUUCGAAUUUCGGUGA